ACAUUCAUGCGUCGUCGACCGGCGCGACUAGUUCACCAAACUUGCUACAUGACUAAAUUACCAUAACAAGUAUACAGCCAGCGCAGGGUUUUAUCGUAAACACCGCAUUCUUAGUACGGUUCGCGUCAGAAACACUACAGAAUGAAGAGUUACAUAGAAUACGCCUCGGACACUGAUUUCCCAAUCGAGAAUUUGCCUUUUGGAGUGUUUACGUCGCCUAAAAAUGAACAAAAACACAUUGGAGUAGCCAUCGGAGACUGGAUCCUGGAUUUACAUGUUAUCUCGCAUUUGUUCAACGGGCCAUUGCUCAAUGAUAAGCAGACUGUAUUCAAGGCCGACAAACUCAAUGCCUUCAUGGGCCUCACAAGGCCUCACUGGAUCGAGGCCAGAGCCACGCUACAAAGCCUGUUAGACGUGUCCAACACUACGCUACAAAAUGACAAAGAUCUCAGACAAAGAGCCUUCGUCAAACAAAGCGAAGCCACACUACAUUUACCAGCCGAGAUCGGCGACUACACAGACUUCUACUCGUCCAUCCACCACGCAACCAAUGUCGGCAUCAUGUUCAGGAGUAAGGAGAACGCCCUUAUGCCCAAUUGGAAGUACAUACCAGUGGGUUACCACGGACGAUCCAGCUCUAUUGUGACCUCGGGAACGCCUAUACGGAGGCCUUACGGUCAAACACAGCCUGUAGAUGGUGCUGACCCAACUUUCGGCCCCUGUCGUCUGAUGGACUUCGAGCUGGAAAUGGCGGCGUUCGUGGGGGGCCCGCCCACCGCCCUGGGGCAGAGGGUCCCCGCCCGGGAGGCGGGGGACAGACUCUUCGGGCUGGUGCUCAUGAACGACUGGAGCGCCAGAGACAUCCAGAAAUGGGAGUACGUGCCCCUCGGCCCAUUCACGUCCAAGAACCUGGGCACCAGCAUAUCGCCGUGGGUCGUGACCGUGGAAGCGCUGCGGCCGUACAUAGUGGACAACUACCCGCAGGAUCCCCCGCCGUUCCCGUACCUCAAGCAUGACGAUAACUUCAACUUUGAUAUCAAACUCGAAGUCGAUCUCAAAUCAGAGAAAUACCCCGUGCCUACAACCAUCAGUCGUAGCAACUACCGCUACAUGUACUGGACUGCCAAGCAGCAGCUGGCUCAGCAGACCGUCACCGGCUGCAAUCUCCGGCCUGCCGACCUUCUGGGCACCGGCACCAUCAGCGGAGAGACGCCCGACUCCUACGGAAGCAUGCUGGAGCUGUCAUGGCGAGGAACCAAACCCAUUCGCCUUUUGAACGGAGAAGAACGGAAGUUCCUGCUAGAUGGCGACACUGUCACUCUCCGCGGGUACUGCGACAAGGGGGGCGUGAGGAUCGGCUUCGGGAAGUGCGAGGGGAAACUGUUGCCUGCCGUGCCGCUUGAAGAAUAAUUACGCCAUAUAAUAUUUUUAUUUUGUACCCUUUUAUUGGAAAUAUAUUAAGUACAGUCUGUUAAAGUAAAGAAAUUAAACUGUUGGCUGGCAACAUUGAAUGUUUAUCGACCAAUCUUGAGUAUUAAAUUCGGUGUUGCAAUGGCAAAUGUAGUUCGUGAAAUAUCCGUUUCCUUCACAUUCUUGAUGUGACUGUGUAUUUUAUUAAAUGUAACCUGAGUUUUAUUGUCGUGAAUGUUAACAAUAAAAUUAUAACUUUGAACUCGUUA